AUGGCCGCCGUCAUGUCGCAACUGCCGCAUCAUCACGCUACCCCUCGUCCAAUCGACACGCAAUCCAACAAGAUCAAGAUCACCCCUCCGAAUCCCCAAUUUCUGCCCUCGUCGGUCCAAAACCUCCGUGGAGGCCAACUCACUCUCGACACCUUCUCGCCCGUCAAUCAGAAUGGCAGUUUCGAAUUCGAUCGCAUCAUCAAGGCCGGCCAAGUCUCGAAGCGGACCCGCAAGAUCAAGUCAUGGAAGUCCAUCUACAUUGUAUUGAGGCCCAAUCUUCUCUCCAUAUACCGCGACAAGACCGAGUCGAAUCUCCGUCAUCAAAUCACCCUUUCUGAUCUCACUGCUAUUGCCCGCCAAAAGGAUCCGAAAGGCAAGGCCAAGCAUGUCUUUGCCCUCUUCUCCCCUUCGAGGAACUACCACCUGGAGGCCGCCUCGGACCAGGACGCUCAAGAUUGGGUCCAGCUCAUCAGGCGUGAGGCUCGCAUUGAUCAGAAUGAGGAAGAGAUAGUCUUGGCCAGCCCUGGCGGUGCGAAAAGCACCUACCGCGGCUUUGAGAGGCACACGGAUCAUACCUUCAAUCAGGACAUUCCCCAAGGCUAUAGUUCCUCGGAAGCAGACACUCCCAUCUACAACCCUCCGAUACGUCGGCCCAGACAGGCGUUGCAUAGCAAACGCAGACCCUCGCACACGCUCGACUACUCUGGCCCUGAGAACGCUUCAUAUUCCGACUUUUCAGAUUCCCAAGGCCCUUCGGCUCGCAUGUCAUCCCUAUCACUUACCUUGGCAGAGAAUCAAUCACAGCAAAUGCCAACGUCGGCUGGUGCCAAUGCCAUCUACGGUGCCAACACGCGCACCCCUCUGGCACCACGCAAUGUUAGUCAAACCUCAGGCAUACAAACAGUGAAACAAGACGAAGAAAGAGUCAUCUGUCAAGGGUGGAUAUACAUGCUCAAGUCAAAGUCAGGGGUGCGACAAUGGAAAAAGUCAUGGAUGGUCUUGAGACCAAAGUCGUUGGCCCUGUACAAGAACGAAGAAGAGUAUGCAGUGGUGCUGCUCAUCCCAUUCCACAACAUUAUCGAUGCCGUCGAAAUCAACCCUAUCAGCAGAAGCAAGCAGUUCUGCAUGCAGCUUAUUACCGAAGAGCGCAACUACCGCAUGUGUGCACCAGAUGACGAUGGGCUGGCUCGGUGGUUGGGAGCGGUGAAAAGUCUGCUGGUCAAGCGAAAGGAAAUGGCUGGGGGCAUACAACGAGCCGGGACUGGAGCAAGCUGA